GUCACAGGCGCGGCGCGGCCCUUGCCCCGCCCUCGCGCAGGCGCGGCUCGGCCAUGUCCGCCGUGGAGCGGCGCUUGGCCCUGUUCCGGGCCGCCCGCGGCAGCGCCGCCGCCGUCCAUCUGCGCCCCGCGGAGCCCCCGGGAAAGGCCGCUGCUCCGGAGCCCGCUGAGAGCCCGGAUGGCGGCGGGCAGGCCCGUCCCGGAGGGGCGCGGGCGCCGGCGCCGCUGUGGGCGCGGCCGCUGCUGCUGAAGGUGCUGCUGUGGGCCGUGCUGCUGGCGCUGUUCGCCGAGCUGGAGCUGGGGCUGCCCUUCUUCGUCCUGUCCCUCAUCUACUGGAUGUACGCCGGCACCCGCGGCCCCGCCGAGCGGCGGCAGGGCGAGCUGAGCGCCUACUCCGUGUUCAACCCCGGCUGCGCCGCCAUCGCCGGGACGCUGACGGCCGAGCAGCUGGAGCGGGAGCUGCAUUACCGGCCCGCAGCCGGGAGGAGGCCGGUGUUUGACUGCACCUUUAGUAGAGUGCCCCGCUGCUUUUCUUCCCGGCUCUGUCUAGAACCAAGACAAGGCACGAGGCAGUACAAGUGAAGCCAGCUGCUGCUUCUGGUCACUCUCGUGUUUCAUACAGUACACCAAACUUCUUCGGUGCAGGUUUCCUGUUCGCUUCAUUUCACAGCAUUUACCGUCUGCAGCGUGAGGCGAAAAUAUCCGUUAUUAUUCCUGACAGGUGACACGUGUGGUUUUAACCAUCAGUUUGGAAAAAUAACUUAGCGUCAUUAUGCAGCAAAUGUAGAACUGCAAGAAGCUCUUAGCAGAGGACUUGUCCUGUGGCUGGACUCGGUCCUUUUUUACCACCAGACAGCUGGUGAUGCCUCUCACCAUCUUCCCACCUACUGCCAGGUGCACUUUUGUUCAUGAACCACUUUUUUUUUUUUUUUUAUGAUCCACUGGUGUUUCUAAUAUAUAAAUGAUUGUAGGAAAAGAAACCACUGAUAUUAAGUUGUGGUGAAGAGCAGCUGGUUGAGUUUACACCCAUCUUGUUAAGAACAAAAAUCACAAUCUUGAUCUUUCAAAUCCUGCUUCAUUAGGCCUUUUCUGCUUUAGCAGUGAUUUAUAGUUACCACAGGUUCCAUCCUUUGUUGGAUAAACAAAAGGAAGCUUUAACUGGACUGGAGAGAAUAACAGGUUAGAGCACAAGUCAUACGUUGUAAUGCUGCUAAGCAUCUUUCAGUAUCUCUCUGCAGCACCGUCUUAGCUUCUAGUAUUGCUCUGUUGUAUAAAUUCUGUAUGUUACAUAAAGCCAACCACAGAGUUUCUUUCACAUCUUUCACCAUUCUCUGGCUGAUAUGUAGAAAACAGCAGAGUUCUCGCUUUUUUUUUUUUUUUUUUUUUUACUGAUUUUGCCUAACUCUAUAUGGAUAAUAUGCUCCAUUUUGUUUUUCAUUUAACGAAGCCUCUGCAGGUUCAGAGCACUUUGUAGUGGACACAGAGGUACAGAUAUUAAUCUUUCUUCCAUGGAAGAAUCAUGAAUUAGGAGUCUCCACAAUCUUAGGAAGUGUUCUGCUAAUGAUGGAGUAACAAACAGUUGUCUGAUAUUUUAGGGAAAGGUAAGUACACUAGUAAGUGAGAGCAUUUCGUGAGUGAGUUGAAAGUUUAUUCACAGGGAACAAAAUAAACAUGUUUAUGGGGAGCUGAUAAUUUGACAUCUUUCACAGAUCCUGUGGGUGUUUUUUAGAACAAGGAAAGACAUGCAAAUAAAUAUUAAGGUAACAUCCAUGAAAUGACAACUUUAUAGCAGCAAUGAUGGAAAUAAAGGCUUAAUUUGCUUUAAACUCUAGUUACAUAAUAUCGGGGUGAAUUUGUAGACUGUUCUAUUUAAUACUUUAUGAAACGAGUUACUACGCUAAAUGAGAAUGAAGCUGAAAGGCACAAGAAAUAAAAAUUCAUGCAGUUCA